AUGAUUGAUGAAACUUUAUAACCAAUAUAAAUUAAAAAUUGGACUCAGGGUUUUCAAACUCAACUAAGAACAUCCACCAAAAGAACCCUGAGCAGAUUGAAAUCAAUUGAGAGCAACACCAUUUCACAUGACCCACCUUCAGAUUUGUCAACUAAAUUCAAAACAAACCAAAAAACAAUCAAAAUAUCUGAUAGAUGCAUUCACAGUUAGUAUGCCAGCAGAAAAAUAUCGUUUAAACAAAAACAACCCACUCAGACCAUCUUUCAACAGCCAUUAUGCAAAGCCCCUCUGUAUAUGCAAUUGAUUCCCUUUUUUAAAGUUUCAGCCCAAAGUUGGGCUAUAUUCAACGGGAAUACUGGAGAAUAUAUCACUGGAUAUAAUUAAAAUAAAUGCAGAUAAAUAGCUUCGAUUACCAAAAUUGUCACUUGUAUUAUCGAAAACGCUUUUUUGUUCCAGAUUAAGUUAAUUAAUUAAACUAAAUAGGCAUAAAAAAUAUCUGGAACUUCUGCAGGGUUAUUGAAAGGAGACUCUAUCUUUUUAAGAGACCUCCUUUAUGGAUUGAUGCUACCAUCAGGUAAUGAUGCUGCUGUCACACUUUCUUACAAUUUCUAAUUAUACUCUUUAGAAAACGAUCACUUCUUAAAAGAAAUGAAUCGAUUUGUCCAAGCCUUAGGAUUAUCCAAUACACAGUUUAGUAAUGUUCAUGGACUUUGCAACGAAAACAAUUUCUCCACAGCUUAUGAUGUGGGUAAAUUUACAUACGAGAGUUUGUAAAAUGAAUAAUUCUAAAAAAUUGUAAGAACCUAAUCCUAUUUUUGCGAAACUCCAAAUCAAUUACAAAACACCUCCAGAGAAUUGUAUUGGGAGAACACUAACAAACUAUUACAAUAAGGAUUCAAAGGAGUCAAGACAGGCAUCACAAAAGAAGCGGGGCCUUCAGUUGUUGAAUAUUUCUAGGACUCAACUAAUUCCUAUAUAAUUGUUCUAUUGAAUUGCAGUUCAAGUGAAAAUAGAUGGACAGAUGCAUUAAGACUAUUGUAAUGGAUUUAGAAACAGGAUACUUUGAUUAAAUAAUUUAUAUGA